AUAUGACUGCCGAAACUGCAGAACCAUUCAACAAUGAAACACUAGGGGGCACUACUUUCCUUCAACAGUUAAACACCACCACAGAGAGUAUUCCCACGAAUACCACCAACAGCCCUUUGGAUUUUACAGACCCCCUGCCUAUUAUCAUAUCACUCGCAUGUAUUUUCCUGUUGCUUGCAACCUGCCUCAUAUUUGUGACGCUCUGCAAGCCUGCGGCCCUAGACCAAUCUCUAUAUGGACCUCAGGAAUUUAUGCCUUAUCAUGUGGAAGAUGCCAGUGAGCCACAGCUCAGACUGUGGAAGAGGCUCGGCUCACUCAGGCAAUCGAUCAGCUUCCGGCGCAGUCGGCCAAUAUCUCAGUGUCAAAGGACUAAUCCAAGACGAGCACAAGCCAACCAAGACUGGUCUUUCAUGGAGUCUACCAAAAUGUGAUUUGCCACUUUAACAGCAUGGUUUUAUUUGUAUGAACUAAAAUACUGCAAAGGAUUUUUGGUAUUUACUACCGGAAACAAUGAGGCAUAUUUCACAAAUUAAUUUUAGUUUUAUGCUUUUGUAGUGCUUACAGGUUAUUGAAG